CUCUCCCCCCCCCCCCUCCUUUGGGAGCAUGCGCAGUGAGUACGGAGCUUCAUUAUUUCCGUGUUGUGUCGCUGUCAGCGGAGUGAGGCGGGUUGUCCGACACGGCUGCCGUAGAUCCACCUGAUCAGAAAAGAACCAAAGAAGAACAUAAGAUGAAGAACAAAGUCAGCAGCAGUCAAGUAAGUGUGAAGAAACGUUCCUGGUCCUGGCAGCAGUACUUGAAUGAACAGAAAGCUGAAGGUGCCCCUCUGUCACUUUUUACACAGUCCCAGUCUUUUCCCACUAGGAGAACUGGCUUUAAAGUGGGGAUGAAGCUGGAAGGCAUUGACCCACUGCACCCCUCCAUGUUCUGUGUGCUGACUGUUGCUGAGGUGAUUGGUUAUCGGCUCCGUCUCCAUAUUGAUGGGUACUCAGAGUGCUAUGACUUCUGGGUAAAUGCUGACUCACCAGACAUCAGACCAGCAGGAUGGUGUAAAGACAACAACCACAAGCUCUACCCACCCAAAGGUCACAGUGAGACAGAUUUUGAUUGGCCGCUCUACCUUCAGUCCACCAGUUCUCAUGCUGCUCCUCCGACCCUUUUCACCAGUCGCACUGCAAACUGUGCAUUCAAGGUGGGGAUGAAAUUGGAGGCAGUUGACAGGAAGAAUCCUGGACUCGUCUGUGUUGCCUCGGUCACCGAUGUCAUUGAUGACCACUUCCUGGUUCACUUUGACAACUGGGAUGAUACAUAUGACUACUGGUGUGACAGCAGCAGUCCGUACAUCCAUCCUGUGGGCUGGUGUGAACAACAGGGGCGACCUCUGACUGCUCCACAGGGUCAUCCCAACCCAGAGAACUUCCUGUGGGAGGAAUACCUGCAGGAAGUUGGUUCCAUCGCUGCUCCCACUUCAGCCUUCACACUGAGAGCUGCACAUGGUUUCCAGGUGAACCAAAAACUGGAGGCGGUCGACAGGAGGAAUCCCAUGUUAAUCCGCGUUGCCACUGUAACAGAUACAGAAGACUACAGGGUGAAGAUUCAUUAUGACGGCUGGUCACAGCAGUUUGAUGUGUGGUGUGACAGUGACCUCUGUGAUCUUCAUCCUGUCGGCUGGUGUCAACGCACAGGACACCCACUGGAACCACCCCCAGGUUCCUCCCCCCUCUCCUCCCCCUCUCAGGGUGUGUGUCCCACUCCAGGCUGCAGAGGAGUCGGACACAUUAAAGGAGCCAAAUACACUGGACACCACAGUGCCUUCGGCUGUCCGUACUCAGACAUUAAUAUGCGUAAAGAGGUGGUGCUUCCUGAUAGGUUUGGAGGAGAGAGAGUUAUCACCCUCGUACCUGUCACCAUAUAUCACCAUAGCAACCAGUCAGACAGAACAAGUGUCCAGGUGAAGACAGAGCCUACAGACAAGACUCUGAUGCUUCCGCUGGGGAAGAGAAGACUGACAGACAGACUGUCCCAGCCAACCAAAUUCCUGCGUGUCAAACGGGAAGAGGAGGAGUUUCACGUCAGAGCCCUCAGUCCAGCAACAGCAGAGACCAGUCUGCAGGCCGCCCUCCACCAGUCUGUCUUCCUGUCGGCCAUGUCGGCGCAGCCUGGCCGUGACCUGUCGCUCUGCUGGGAGCAACACCGCAAACUGCUGCCGGGCAUCGCUGGAGUCCAUGCCGACACAGUUCAACAGUGGAGCGUCCAGCAGGUGUCUGAUUUCAUCGAGUCUCUUCCCGGCUGUGAGGAACAGGCCAAGCAGUUCAGAGACGAGCAAAUUGAUGGACGGGCCUUCCUCCUACUCACCCAACGGGACAUCGUGAGGAUCAUGUCAAUCAAACUUGGCCCUGCCCUCAAAAUUUACAACUCCAUCCUGAUGUUCAAACAUGCCAAGGACAGGAGCCAAUCACAAGCUCCGGACAGGAACCAAUCAGACACUCAGGACAGGAGCCAAUCACCUGCUCCGGAUGGUAAUCAAUCUGACAUACAGGAUAAGAAGCAGUCAUAUGCCGAGGACAGGAGUCAAUCACAUACAGAGGAUACCAACACUUGACACCUACAAGUCAAUCAGUGACGCCUCAAUGCCAACAAGCCAUAUUCCAUCCAAUUAUCAGUCAGAUUCUCAGGUGUUUUUUUUUCAGCAGCUUGGUGUCAGUCAUGUGACAGGAUGUUGGAUAUUUAUCACAGCAAAGGAAACAAGAAGAGAGAAGGCAAAGUCUGCACACCAUUCAAAAGGCAUCUACUCAGAUCAGGUGGCGAAUUCACCUUGCCCAACCACUUGGUGUACCACCAGGGGUCUUAUGAGGUGGAUGAUGAUUAAAAAUCUUCGACAUUCACCAAAACAGUCCUAAAUCACUUUUCAACCAGUCUUCUGUCUGACACACACAGGACCAGUGUGCGAAGGAUUCUGGAAGGUUGAGUCCUGAAGGACACACUUGCUGUGAUGAUGCAUUGAGACUGACCAGGUGGUCCAGGUGAGAGCCAGGAUCACCUGAAAUGGGAAAUUUUCCUGUGAUCCAAAAACAAAAACACAACAUCUUAUGGUCUUGAUAAAGUUUAACUGAAUUUUCCACAAAGUUUUUCUAAAAUCUUUUGAAUAAUAACAUGGCUGGUGCCAGCCGAUUGGCUGAGACGUUCAAGAAUAACUUUGGUAUUUUUCAACCUGGACCCUGUUUUUUCAAGUGUUUUUGAAAUCAAUCACAGACCCACAAAAACACGGGAGUCUCCGCUCCUUGGUUAUUAACAGGUGUUUACACUUUGAAUUCUCAUGAAUGACUGAAAAGGUGAUUAUAAUGUAGUCGUAACUGUCAGUAAAAACUAAUUAUUCAGAAUUAUUCUGUGAUAAAGUUUCAGAAUAAAAAUGAAAGUUUCAAACUGACCAAAAUUCCUUUUAGAAUUAAAUUCUGCUAACUGUCCAUGGAUCCACAAUGACAAGAAGAUGCUCUGCUCUGUUCUGGUCUUGUAAUGAAUGUAAGGGCUCAUGAAUAAACACCACCCAGGACUGAAACGGGAAACAGCUGAUGAUGUCACACUGUGGCUCCGUCUCCACUGUAAUGAUGUCAUUUCUGCCUCAGGAUCUAACUUUGUUCUUUUUGGUGAAGGUUCGUCACUUCCCGAAUCUCCUCCUCUGUUGUGAUUGUUCUAUUUUUACAGGGGGAAAAAAAAGUUGUCAACAAUAGCUUUAAAAUGAUCUUAAAUAAUUCUCCUUUCUUUAAUUGCAGAGUUUAUAUUUAUAAUUUGAUUCUCUAUAGUGUUAAGAAGAGUAUCUAUUGUUAUCUACUGUCUCUCUAUAGAUUUCUAUUUGAUAGUUUAUAUAAAUGUAUGUAUAUAUUUGCAUUUCUGUGCAGUCUGACCUCACUCUGACUCCUCCCCCAGUGAUGUCACUACUGUGAUGUCACAGGAUGCACUCUGCUCCCUCAGGUCCAGCUUGUUUUAAUGUUUCCAACAAUCUGCUAAUGUUUUUUUCUUUAUUUUUGUUUUUUUUGCUGUCAGUGUUUGAUGAGAUUAAUAAAAUUUCUGAUCUGA